AUGGCGAAGAUCGAAGUGAAGAACCCCAUCGUGGAGAUGGAUGGUGACGAGAUGACCAGAAUCAUUUGGCAAUUCAUCAAGGACAAGCUUAUUCAUCCUUACUUGGACGUGGAAUUGAAGUACUACGACUUGGGCAUUUUGUACAGAGACGAGACCGAAGACAAGGUCACCACCGACGCUGCCGAGGCCAUCUUGAAGUACGGCGUGGGUGUCAAGUGUGCCACCAUCACCCCAGACGAGGCCAGAGUGAAGGAGUUCAACUUGAAGAAGAUGUGGUUGUCCCCCAACGGUACCUUGAGAAACAUCUUGGGCGGUACCGUCUUCAGAGAGCCAAUUGUCAUUGACAACAUCCCCCGUGUGGUGCCUACUUGGGAGAAGCCCAUCAUCAUUGGCAGACACGCGUUUGGCGACCAGUACAAGGCCACCGACCUUGUUUUCUCCAAGCCCGGUACUUUCUCCGUUGUUUUCAAGCCAGACGACGGCUCCGCUGAAGAGGUGAAGCAGGUCUUCCACUACGAUGCUCCCGGUGUCGGCAUGGCCAUGUACAACACCGAUAAGUCCAUCACGGACUUUGCCGAGCUGAGCUUCAAGCUUGCCUUGGACAGAAAGUUGAACUUGUUCUCGUCCACCAAGAACACCAUCUUGAAGAAGUACGACGGCCGUUUCAAGGACAUCUUUGAGGGCUUGUACGAGUCCAAGUACAAGAAGGACUUUGAGGCUGCCGGCAUCUGGUACGAGCACCGUUUGAUCGACGACAUGGUGGCCCAGAUGUUGAAGUCCAAGGGUGGCUACAUCAUUGCCAUGAAGAACUACGACGGUGACGUCCAGUCCGACAUUGUUGCCCAGGGCUUUGGCUCCUUGGGUCUCAUGUCCUCUGUUCUCAUGACCCCAGACGGAAAGGCCUUCGAGUCCGAGGCCGCCCACGGCACUGUCACCAGACACUUUAGACAGCAUCAGGAGGGCAAGGAGACCUCCACCAACUCCAUUGCCUCCAUCUACGCAUGGACCAGAGGUAUCAUCCAGAGAGGUAAGUUGGACAACACACCAGAUGUGGUGACUUUUGGCGAGAACCUUGAAAAGGCCGUCAUUGACACUGUCGCCAUUGACAACAUCAUGACCAAGGACUUGGCCUUGACCCAGGGCAAGACCGACCGUCUGUCAUACGUGACCACCGAGGAGUUCAUUGAUGCCGUCAAGGUGCGUUUGGACAAGAACUUGGCCCUGGCCUUGGGUAAGUAA